AUGAAUUCGCGAGCUUGUGAUGAUAAUUUGGUAACCCUCACGCGCCAAAAAAUCCUAAAGCUUUUAGGAGCCAACAUCAUCAACCCUUUUAUGCAAUCCGAGGAGGAACGCCACCCAUGGAAAGUUAGUGAAACUCAGAAGCUUGACUUUCCACUUCUUCGAAUUUGGGAUGUCAAAUCAGGGAGCUAUCCCAAUAGGGAUGGCCGUAUGCUAUCGAGAUCACCUAGGUUGCCUCUUAUCACAGAGCAAGCUCGUAAAGACUUCCUUGCCAUUCACCUCAAUCACGGGAUCUGGGUACCAACACCAUACAUAUCCUUCACAAAAUCAGCCAGCGCGAUUGAGAAUCUCGCAAAACAGAGAAGCACAAGACGAGGAAAUCAGACACUCACUGUCAUUGACCCCGCCACUCGACUUAAAAACGGUUUACUAAUCCUCGAUAUCGCUGCUGAAAUGGAGAAUUAUGAUAUCCCAGACCCUUAUAAUAAGGGAAUGGAAUACUACGUCGACCACUACAUUUGUCUAUGGGAAGUUGCCGCUGAAGAAAUUGUUGGUCACUACGAGUGGGAAGAGCUCGCCGAUAAUAAGGACUGGUUUGAUGAUAUCAUCGCGCCAGAUUUCCGUAAGUUUAAGAGAGAAAAGAAAUCCCAAUCUACUUCUACUCGUCUAUCAGCGUUCGAUAUGUCCACGAUCAUGGAAAGUCUUUCUGCCGCGCGCACAUCCAUUGACGCACACAUCGAGUAUCUUGAAGAUUCAGAUAACUCUUCCGAACAUCACUAUCUAGAUGACAACUGCACGGACUCCGAUGAUGAUGCAGAGGAGGCGAAUCAGAACGACGAUAUGAUCAAGGCAAUAGAGGAUCUCUAG